AUGACUACUACAACCACUGCACCAAUGACAUCCGAUUGGAUGGAUGUCCCUCCAACGUACUCCACUCUAGACAGUGCUGUCAAGCAGCGCAUGGACUUCAAAUACCACAGAGAUAGCGUCGCUGGGCGAGAUGGGUAUAGGAUGAUCGCCAGCAAGCGCAAAGCGAACGAAGGUUCUGUCAAAUGUGGCAUCAAAAGGGUGAAGAAGCUGGUCGCCCUCCACGGCCCACUCAACAUCUGCACAUUUGCUGGUUGUGGAACGUUGACCAAGUGUUGGGACUUCUGCAGCAAACAUCUACGUCAGUGCCACUCACUCGAAGUAAAGACGAGCAACAUCCCCCAUGCUGGACUCGGUCUCUUUGCCAUACACUAUUGCGAUAUUCCUCGACCCGCAAAUAACUAUGUCGGUGGCCUAUACGAGAAGCCCUUGAAGAGUCCAGUGUUUGAGAAAAAUGCAGACAUCAUCAUGUACACUGGCCGCAAUCUGACAAUUCAAGAACACAGAGCAAUGAAAGACAAGUUGAGACUGGUUGGCAAGGAGCCUGAGUACACAUUGAAGAUACCAGAGGCCAAAGAUAGUCUCAGGAUGUACGUCGAUGCAAGUGACAUGUUGCUAUCAUCAGUGGCUAGGUUCAUCAACUACCCGACACCAGGUCCACGUGGGGGUGCAGGCCAGCCAGUCGCCAACGUCCAAUUCAUGUCAACAGGCAUGGUCCGAGCACUUAACAAUAUUUAUGAAGGUGAUGAGCUCAUUGUUGACUAUGGUGAAAAACAUGGAGAAAGAGGAUAUGUUGAUGUACGAAUCGACAACAUCGACCACGACCACAUGCACAUCGAGUGA